CCGGAAAAGGCCGAUAUUUCUCCGAAUGAAAGGUGACCUGUUUCCGGUACCGCACAGCUGAUCAGUGGAGAUCGAGAGUGUUGUAGUUGUUUUUUGUUGUUGUUGUUGUUGUUUUGAGAAGCCGAUUGACGAUGCCACUUCGAGAAUACACGUACACAGGCGGUGACCUCGAGGUCACUCCCAAGAUGCUGUCGGACUUCAACGAGGCGGGCUACAUACUUGUCAGAGGCCUCCUAGACAGCGAAGAGUUGACGAAGGUCCGUGACACCCUGGAAGGCAGUGAUGCCAUCAUAAAGCAUGCAUACGGGGUUGCUGAUGGUGAGGAUCGCCAGAGCAAGCUAUGCAUCUGGAGCCACCCCGGGGAUGAUGUGACUGGCAUGGUGGGGCGGUGUGAGAAGGUUGUCACCACAUCGGAGAAGUUGCUUGGUGGUGAAGUUUAUCACUACCACACCAAGCUGAUGAUGAAGGAAGCAUUUACUGGAGGCAAGCAUGUCUGGCAUCAGGAUUAUGGAUACUGGUACAAAAAUGGCUGCCUCUUCCCUGACAUGUUGACUGUCUUCAUCUCCAUCGAUGCAUGUACCAAGGCUAAUGGCUGCCUUCAGAUUCUAGAGGGGUCUCAUCGCUGUGGUCGGAUAGAGCACCUGUUUGUUGGAGACCAGACCGGGGCUGACCUGGCCCGGGUCAAGGAGCUGCAGGGCCAGCUGGAGCAGCUGCAUGUGGAGAUGAAGCCUGGUGAUGGCCUGUUCUUCCACAGUAACCUGCUGCAUACCUCCAGCGCCAACACCAGCCCCGACCGCCGCUGGGCCUUCCUGUGUGCCUACAACCGUGCAAGCAACAACCCUGUGUACGAGCAUCACCAUCCCCAGUACACCCCACUAGUCAAGGUGUCCAACAGCGCCAUCAAAGAGUGUGUCAACCUGACCGACACAACAGGGAAGGACUUUGUGGACCCAGAUAAAGACAACACAGUGAAGAAGGGGGACACAGCUGCCCCCAGCACAAAGCGACAGAAGGUGGCAGCAUAGCCUCCUCCCUCCUCCUCCUCCUCCUCCGCUAGCCUCCUGGUUGCUGGGCCUGAACACACACAGAGCAUGUCUAGCAUCACUGCCAUCAGUCAUCCAAGCCUUGACUGGAGCCUGACAUAUACAUAACAGCCAAAUGGGACAAGUCUUUUUUUCACUCAUUUUGACUACAACUUUUUCUUUAAACUCACCAUACACGCUUUAUAUCUCUUUUUUCUUUUUUUUGCCAAAUGUUUGUGGUCGAUAUGACAUUAUGCAAGAAAUGUUGAAAUGAGAUUUGCUUGAUUAACAUGAUCAUCAUCAUAAAAAAAAGCUCUUGAAAUAAAAAAAUAAAUAAUGUUAAAAAACACAGCAAUAUUUCAUGGCAAGAUUUAGGACAGGUUGAAACAUUAGCAGCAGAAACAAAAGUUCUGGCCUGGAACUGAAACACUACCAUGAUUACCAGCAGCCUUACUCAGAGUGUGUUAUGCAUUGUUAUCACAGUUCUCAGAGAUGGCAACCAUUGCAAUUUAGCCAGAAUCAUGAUAUUUGAAUCCAAUUUGGCCUAUCCUGUGUACAGUAUAUAUAAUUUUAUUGAAACAUAUCCAGUAAUCAAAACAAUACAGCCCGUCAAUCUGACAAUGAUUACAAUGGCCUGAGUUCGGGGUCAGCAUCUCUGAGUCCAUUGUUGCACUGGUGGUGGAGGCGGGAGGCUAGGCAUGUGGUUCAGAAGGGUAGCAGGGUAUCCCCGCUGUCCUCAUGCUGAUGCCUUACCACUACAUCAUGUCGUCAUGUUGUAUAAGAUAUAAUAACCAAGAUUUGUACUCCCUUCAAUCAUGACAUGAUACUGACCACUGUUGUCUUGUUACAGUCAUCAAGAUAUCACAUUAGAUUACUUGAAACACAUCAAUCUAUGCAAUAUCUCGUUCCUGCAUGAUCAUGAUUAUGUCAGAAAAAACAUGUUUGUCAAAAACGGACUGAAAAUACACACUUUUAGCUUAUUUUUGAAGUUCUGUAUAGAGGAUUAUGUGUAUUUUGAGUCAACCAUGUUCUUCUGAUCAUGCUGACAUUGGUAUAAAGCUACCACCAUAUUAAUACUAUAUGAGGUGAGGUGAGGUGAAAUGGGGUUUAACGUCGCGUCCAAGAUUAUUGCACACAUAUAGCGACGUGCAUGCACUUGUGUGUGUGUGGCUGCUUGUACUAGUCCGGAAUGAUGCCGAUUUAUAGUGCUAGCCCACUGAGAUACCAUGCCGUAAUUUAACUAUUUAUAGCUAAUGUUCAAGUCAUUUGUUCAAAAUGUAAUGAAAUUGGUACAUGUGAAAUUACUAGGUCAAACUUCAAAUACUUCUUCCCGCUAAUGAUAAUUGUUCAAGAUGCUUGAACCUAAUUUUCUAUGUGGCCACCAUGUCUGCCAUAUUAAAAAUUAUAUUUAUGGCAAUUUUAUACAUAACUAGUUUGUAAUUGGGAAUAAUAUAUAUGUUCCUGAUUUUCUCCCUAAUGUUUUAUGUUUUGACCUCGACUUGACCUCUGAAAGUUGAAGCUUGUUAUGGCCAUUACUCUGCCAUUUUGUUUCAAAAUGUAAUGAACUUUGGUAUGUGUGUGGUUUGUUUUGGAAUUCAACACCUAUGUUUCACUCUUUGCAAAUUAAAUAUUUUGCCUUGA